AGGCGACAAUGUUGUCUGUCACACUACAGCUGAGUGCUGACAGUCAAAAACAUAGAAAAGCACAGUUGCGAUUAUCAAAAUAAACAAAUAUAUUUUUAAAUAAUAAAAAUAUUAGUGUAUCAGGUUUUUUAAAUGAUAGUCAAGUUUCCUAUAUCCUUUUUAGUGAUCAAAGUUCUGAAUUUAUAACACAAUGGAUUACAAUAACCUAGAUCGCAAUCUCGUAGCAGUGCUUUUUCCAGGAGUGGUUAAAAAUGAUCAGAGAGCUAUAGAAUGUUUAGGCGGCAUAAGAAAUAUCUCUCAGGUAUACACACAACAGAACAAAAAACGACUUGGUAUGUGUUAUCAGCCUGAAAAUCCAUUUAUAAAAAAGAUUUAUGCAGAUAACAAUAAAACUGCUGGAGUGCUCCUGAAGAUUAGAGUUAAGAAGUCAAAAGUGGAUAAUGAAGUCAAAAGGGAGGUAAUAUCCACUACAGUGCUAGGAAGAGUUAAGAAAAUAUAUAGAUUUGAUUCUAUGUGUGAUUUUCAAUAUUUACCAAUACUAAAAGAGGGUACUAGCUCAAGUCCACCAAAAUGUAUUUUGGAGGAAAUUCUACCUUCUGGUGUUGACAGUUUCAACUUUAUUACGGAUCCGUCUCCUUUAUUCGUGGUGCCGUGGAACUUUACGAGGUUUGAUAGACCAAUCACGUACGCGUACACAGAUAGGAAAUAUUUCGCGGAGAAAGGGGACACAUCCCCUCAGAGAGAUGAUGAUGUCCAUAAUAAAAGGCGGUCCGAGCGCGGGGAGCGGCAAACGCGGUUCCAAUUCAAUCUCAUCGAUGACUUGCCCACAGAACCCAACGAGUAUUAUAUCAAGCAGAAGAACGAGAAAAUAAUCACAAGCCCUGAAUUAAAGCAGGAGUAUGAAAUUGUUAAAAAGCUAUUUGAAGAAAGACCGAUAUGGUCACUGAAUCUCCUUAAAUUCAACACGAAAAUAAAGUUUGUGUCAUUGAAAAUGAUAAUACCUUGCCUGGCGUUCCACUUGAAAACGGGUCCCUGGAGGGCCAUGUGGGUGAGGUACGGGUACGAUCCUAGGAAAGAUCCCGGAGCCAGAAUAUAUCAGAUUUUAGAUUUCAGAAUGCGCCAUCAAGGUGGUGCACGAUCGAUGGUGACGACGAAAGACCACAUAAUACAUUAUAAAAAGGCCGAUAGGGUCCGUAACACGAAGAACAGGAAUAGAGAUGAGCUCCUCGUGUCAGAAGAUGUGGCGGAAGGCGCGGUGUACUUCAAGUCGGGAAUGGUGCCUACCCAACGACAAGUACUUUAUCAGUUUUGCGACGUGCAACUACCCGAGGUCCAGGAGUUGUUGGCUGAGGAGCCGCCACCAGGCUACCUCUGCCACGAGAAGCACGGAUGGCUCUCUCCAAACGUGAGCAAGACGUGUCGCGACCAUAUGUUCCGGAACGUCAAACAGACUCUCUUCUCAAAUCACAACACGGAUUUGAAAAUUGAGGAAGCGAGCAGCGAUGAUGAAUCUAAUUCAGACGAAGAUUUACUUAGCAGCGUAUUAAAUGAAGCAGACGAGACUUUAUAAAAUAAAAAAAUACGAAAACUA